AUGUGCAACAAAGUGGUGGACCCCUACACAUUUAUAAGGCAGCAGCUGAUGAUGAGGGAGAACAAGAUGGGACAGGUCGUCUACCUUGGCCUCUGCCUCCUGGGAUGCCUGUUCUUUAACCCCACAGUGGAAGGUGCCCAGAAUGGCACAGCGGGUGAUUCCCGUGCUCGAUGCCCUUCGGGCGUGCUCUACUACAAACAGAGCUGCUACGAGUUUGUGAAUAGCUAUGUCUCCUGGGAAAUUGCAGAGGUCGCAUGUCAGGGACUGAGACCCGGGCCUGAGUCUCACCUUGCUUCUAUUCUUUCUCCAAAUGAGGGGAGAAUAAUUACCUCCUUCCUGAGUAGCAAGGGUGCUAGUGACGUCUGGAUUGGUCUGGAGGCUACACGUACCCGUGGGUACCUGGUCUGGGAAUGGAGUGAUGGAUCCCCCUUCAGUUUGCCUCUCUGGGACGGCCGCACCCUCAGCAGCUCCAUUUCCUCCAGUGAAUGUGUUUCCAUGAUCAACAUCCGGAACACAAAUAGCCAGAAAGCAUUGCAGCGCUCCUGUGCUAACCCCUUGCCAUACCUGUGCAAAUACCGAGCUGACUACUAG